GAGCCGGAGGCGAUGGCGGCCGCCGACCCGCCGGGCGCCGGGGACCUCUCGCAGCUGGCGGAAGAUCUGCUGUGUCAGUUGCAGGAGAAUUUUCAAGCUCUGACUGAAAAGAUAACGCUGAGAAUGGAAGAAAUGGGCGAGCGCAUUGAUGACCUUGAGAAGCAUGUUGCUGACCUGAUGACAGAGGCUGGGAUAGAAAACACCAAUGAAGAGUUGAGACACUGAAAUGAGGAUGUGAUCAAGAAAGAUAAAGGGAGAACAGCACCGCACUGAAUCGGGGAGUUUACAAUCAGUGUCACUAGUCACAAAAAGUGUUAGUGAAAACAAACAUGCUUGCAUCAUGUCACAAUAGAAUCUUUUUUUUUUAACUAUUGCUCCAGAAAAAAAGUAGAAAGCUGUCCCCAUCUAAAUGGGACACUGUAUUUCCUGUAAUUGGGAAAGAACUGUUAGUUUCAGGGAAGGCAAAACCACUCUUUUGGAUAGAAAACUGUAUCCUAUAUAGUGAACUUAUAUAGUCACAAACUUUUUCAAUGUAUGAAAUGUAUUUCAUUUAUUUUAAUAAUAUUAAAUUUUUCAUCCUA